ACCUUCACUACGGCCAUGGCGGACUCAAUGCCCCAGGUACAAAUCGAGCUCCCAGGAGACGUCGAGAUGGAGGAAUCAACAGCCCCAGCAGCAGAAGAAGACCCUUCAGCAGAAACGACCAAGGAGGAAGAGAAGGAUAAAGAGUCAGGGGACCAGGAAACACAGCCGCCAGCCGAACCCGAAGUCCACAGCCAGCAGGCGGUUUUCCUCAAGUAUGCACAGCUCCGCUCCACAGCAUAUAGCAUUUAG